UUUGACAUUUAUGUAUGCGGUGUGAGGUUAAAAAACCUACCGUGCCUCAAUUUGGAGUAGUCACAGCACAAUUUCUUUUAUUGAUAUAAUCAAAGCAAAGACUCACCAUGGUCUUUACAACAUUAGCCACAUUUGUACGAUCUAGAGGACCUGACGAAUUCUGGAGAAAACGGAAGAUUUUCAAAAUAGCCGCCCAUUUCAUUGGUCGCCGGAGAAACUGUUAUUCCGUUGCAAUCAGAAACGUACACAGAGCCCUAGCUUAUGCCACUAAAGGACGGCAAUUGAAAAAAGACGACAUGCAGGAGCUUUGGGACACACGAAUAGAGGGUGCGUUAACCCAAUUUGGUAUUACACCUGAUACGUUACGGCAUAGCUUAAGUCGAAAUGACAUCAUGCUAAAUCGCAAAGCACUGGCCGAUUUGGCAAUCUGGGAACCGAAAACAUUUGAAGCAAUUGUCAACACCUGUCGACAGCGUGCGGUUAAUGAUGGAAUCGAGGGAAUUAACGAGAGACAAACUGAUAACAAACUCGUGGCAGGAGUCGCGGAAAGAUUAUAGUCAAGCGUGUUGUAGUGAUGAUCAAUUAGUGAAUACAAUGAGUUUUCUCGCUGUUAUGUAUAGUGC